GCCGCCGCCGCCGCCGCCGCCGCCCGCCGCUCCGGGUCCUAAAGCCGCGCGCCUCAAGAGGAUGGUGCGCCUGGCCGCCGAGCUGCUGCUGCUGCUGGGGCUGCUGCUGCUCACGCUGCACAUCACCGUGCUGCGCGGCUCGGGAGCCGCCGACGGGCCCGGCGCGGGCAACGCCAACGCCAGCCAGACGCCGCUGCAGAAGAAUCUUAAUGUGGAAAGUGACUCUUCAUCAGGAAUCAACUUUCCUCGCCCUAAAGAAGUGCCAGGGGAACCGCUGGAUCACCAGGCCACACACCAGCCCUUCCCCAGACAGGGGUUUCGGCAAGAGCCUGGACACCCUUCACUGCAAAGAGACGGCCCCAGAUCCUUUCUCCUUGAUCUUCCCAACUUUCCAGAUCUUUCAAAAGCUGAUAUCAAUGGGCAGAAUCCAAAUAUCCAGGUCACAAUAGAGGUGGUGGAUGGCCCUGACUCUGAAGCAGAUAAAGAUCAGCAUCCAGAGAAUAAGCCCAGCUGGUCAGUCCCAUCCCCCGACUGGCGGGCCUGGUGGCAGAGGUCCUUGUCCUUGGCCAGGGCCAACAGCGGGGACCAGGACUACAAAUACGACAGUACCUCCGACGACAGCAACUUCCUGAACCCCCCCAGAGGGUGGGACCGUCCGGCCCCAGGCCACCGGACUUUUGAAUCCAAAGAGCAGCCAGAAUAUGAUUCCACAGAUGGUGAGGGGGACUGGAGUCUCUGGUCUGUCUGCAGCGUCACCUGUGGGAAUGGCAACCAGAAACGAACCAGGUCCUGUGGCUACGCCUGCACUGCAACAGAAUCCAGAACCUGUGACCGUCCAAACUGCCCAGGAAUUGAAGACACCUUCAGGACAGCUGCCACUGAAGUGAGUCUGCUUGCGGGAAGUGAGGAAUUCAACGCCACCAAACUGUUUGAAGUUGACACAGACAGCUGUGAGAGAUGGAUGAGCUGCAAAAGCGAAUUCUUAAAGAAGUACAUGCACAAGGUAAUCAAUGACUUGCCCAGCUGCCCCUGCUCCUACCCUACUGAGGUGGCCUACAGCACAGCAGACAUCUUCGACCGCAUCAAGCGCAAGGACUUUCGCUGGAAGGAUGCCAGUGGGCCCAAGGAGAAGCUGGAGAUCUAUAAGCCCACAGCCAGGUACUGCAUUCGCUCCAUGCUGUCUCUGGAGAGCACCACUCUGGCUGCCCAGCACUGUUGCUAUGGCGAUGACAUGCAGCUCAUCACCAGAGGCAAAGGAGCAGGCACACCCAACCUUAUCAGUACUGAGUUCUCAGCCGAACUCCACUAUAAAGUGGACGUCCUCCCCUGGAUUCUCUGCAAGGGCGACUGGAGCAGGUAUAACGAGGCUCGACCUCCCAACAAUGGACAGAAGUGCACAGAGAGCCCCUCGGACGAAGAUUAUAUCAAGCAGUUCCAAGAGGCCAGGGAGUAUUAAAGAGUCGCAAACUCUGGUACUUGUGACACAGAUGCACUGCACUCGUCUGCUGCCUGGGACAGAAACCCUCUUAUCCGCCUAUGUGUAUAUUUGUAUAUAGCACAAUAGUAUUUUUCAUAAAUUACAGUAGGGGUGUGCACCGGAUUGCCCUUUGAAGUUGCCCUUGCCCUCUACAAUGCCUACGGACCUUCUUAGAAAUACCCUGAGGUAUGAUGUUGGCAGGAGGAUGAGGACAAAGAAAUCCAAGGAGCCUGGGGCCAUGUCUGGAUGCUGGUGGAUUCAGUUCCCACCCAGACCAUGUUUCCUAGAGGAGCAAAGGGGCAAAGAGACUGAAAUUGUAAACAUUAUAAGCAGUUUUUAUAUAUAACUUAUUUAAUAUGAAUGUGACUUAAGCAUCAACUUUUCUCUGGAGUUGUCACGAUGACAAUAAUCACUUCUGUGAGAGUUCAAAAAGGGGUUUAGGUAAAUGGAAGAGAAAGGGUCUUUGGUAAGGGUUCUCCUAAAAAUAAACAACUCAAUACAAAUGUAUCAAAGCAAGAAAGCCCCCACCUUAAACAAAAUGCUAUUUCAGUAGUCAGAAUGCUGCUGAAAUCUCAGUUUCUGAAAUGGUCUUGCCUCAAACUGAGGAGGGGGUAGGAGAGAAAAGGAUAUUGUAAGCCCAAUUUGAGGCCUGGUUUGAAAUAAGAUUUCAAAUUUAAAAACAUAAUGCUAUGCUUCUACUAAAAUGGCCUGGGACUGCAGAAUUUCUGUUCAUAUCUUAGUAGGUUCAUAGUAUUAUAGAGAGACCAAACAAAAAUAAGGCAUAGCACUUUUCCAAAUGGGGAAAAUAAAAACAGAAAAAGAAAACCAAGAAAGAAAUAUGGAACACAUGUCAUCUAUUUAAUGUUAAUACCAGUUUAACAAUUAUUUUCUCUUAUCAGUAUAUUAUCAGAAAAUAAGUAUAAAAGAGUGAGAGGAUCUCAAAUCUAAGAAAUCCUAAUUUUUCUAUGUUUUAAGAAUCAAAGAAAACUGCAUUAUUUUUGUAAAGUAUUUAUUGAGUCAUUGAGUCUUAUGCGUCAAUCAAUUACAAUGUGACCUGCUUUCUGGAGGGUGGAACUUAGGACAAAUAAAGAGUUGGUUCUUAUUCAGUCUACUUGCAAAACUCCAGGAAAAGAAAAUACACAAUAAAAUCAUAAUAAAAUCUGUUUACCU